CGGAUCUCUUGAUGUAAGCCGAAUGAUUUUGGUGCCUUCUGGCUGAGCUCGAAUUGCCUCAGUUAUCACCGAGCAGGCAUGCAUGAUCAAUUCCAUACUGGGAACGCAGAUCAAUGGGGAAUCAGCUUGUCAAGCAGUGUGUCGUUCUUCUGCCCGGUUGCUCUACGGUGCAAGGAAGUGCUAGAAUUGCUAAAUAACAAUUCCUCUCUCCCUUUAUCAUGAACUCAAGCAUGCCUGGAUCUUUUCCUGGGUCCUAUGACUCUAUUUCGGAACCGAGAGACUCCUCUUUGAUGGUGGCACAAAUCAUCAAGGUGCGAAAUAGUUUCAAACAGGAAUUUAUGGACAUGCUGAACAUACUUUUGUUACUGGAGCUGAUAGUCAUUUAUCUCCAAGAUCAAUCAUUUUUCAAGCUGGUGAUCAGAGUUUCGCUUCAACUGUUUCUUGCAGGCGUCAAUUCUCAUACCUUGCGCCAAUGGAUCGAGUACAAUCUAUUAUCGACAGGACAGACAGUCACUGAAGAAGCAUUAACGACCCAGUUCAUCUAUUUCCAGAAAGCAGUCCUGGUGGAGGUGAUCUUGAUCAACAGCAUAGCGCUUGCAGACCAUCUUUUCUUUUACCGCGAUCAUAGUCGACUACCAGAUAUUCCGCGUGAUUCGCUAGUAUCGUAUCUGAAUCUGCACACACAAUACAGCAUCGAGUUCUACGAGUCCAAAAACACGUUCCGCUACAACUCUAUCUUCAUAAACAUCAUAGGAGAGGCUAGACCCACUAAUAGAACUGGACUGGUUAUCUUAGACGCUCUAGUAUUUUUGGGGCAGUACAUUACGUACAGUCUGAUCUAUUGGCCCGAAAAAUCAGAGCCCCCCAAAUUGACCACAGAGCAGUCUUUGUUGCUACGCGAAAACGAAAACGAAAUGCAGACGGCUGUAACGAUAUUCAAUGUGGAACUAUUUCCAGCAACCACGUUUACAGGUCUUUGGAGCCGCUUGACAAUGUAAAUAUAGCAUCAAUAAUCAGCCUUAUGGUGUGAGGAGGGAACUCCCAUUUGCUUUUUUAAUUUUGUGGUCUCCAGGGCAUUCAUUCUUUCUAGAUCGGAAUUCAAGGGACUAUUCUUUUGUUGCGGAUUGAACAAACCGUCUUUCCAGUAAAUUCCAUCUGUUCGUGUCCCUCGACUGUGACUAUUGUGACCUCCACCCCUGCUCUGUUAGACGAGAAUCAGGAACGGCGUACGUUAGAUCCGGUGUCAACAACCAUGAGCUAUUCAGUGGCGUCAACACCGGAGGGUGCUGCGCAGAGUGUUUACGAGGCAUCACUUGACGGACAAAGCGAUUACUUUGGCCAAGCCGAUUUGUAUGAUGUCUCCAACAGGCUUCUUCAGUUCCAUAAUAAGAUCCUCCCCGCUGAUAACUACAAUUCGCCCUACUACAAUCCACUAAACUCUACUGAUGAGCCGAAACCGGUGGACAAACUGAUCAAUCGGUUUUCAAUCUGGAAAAUGAUUAUCAAGCAAUUGAUCUUCUACUUCAAAGAGAUCAGCAUAUUCAAGAAGCAAACAUACCUCGGUAAUAAGGCAAUGCUGGAAAAUUUGGAGCUUUUGAAGAAACAGACCAGCGGCAAACUGAAAUUCAAAGGAUCUGCAUCAAAGAAUCUCCGCCAGUCUUUGAGUUCGACCAGUUUGAAUCAGCCGGAUCAACACAACGCUCACCAAGAAGCCAUGCUUAACAAAUUUGUGCAGACGGCAUUUCUCCCGGUAGGAGAUCUCUCUGUUCUUUCGAUCUCUAGCACAUUAUCCAACUAUCACAACAGCUUGGCUGAAAAGGAGCUGAUAACCCAUAACCAACUCACUUUGAAAAUCAUCCCGCGCUUGGAAAACUUGAAAGAAAGUUUGAACGAAACGAUAAAACAGAUUGCGUCAUUAAAGGGUUCUAGUGAUUUCAAAACUUCUGAUCUCAAAUAUGAGAUAACAAAGACAGGAGCAAUUUUAGCUGAUUAUGUAACGUCCGUUGAGCUGCUCACGAAGGGCGAAACAACUACCUGCCUUGGCUCGCAUCUCAAAUUCACCAAACUGGAGCCCAAAAAGGACCCUUAUUUACUGCGGCUGAAACUUGACCUCCAACUCAAAGACCAACUUUACGCUGAAGCACACCUGAAAGAAAGUUUUUAUGAUCUACAACACAAGAGCGUUCAGCUGGAAAGUAUCUUGUAUACUGAAGUCCAGAACUGUGUUCGCAACUUUGUCAAUUUAAUCAAUGCUGAGCUUGAUGCUGCAAAAGAUAAUAUGGUGAGCGAGUUCAUGAACGGAUUUCUGAAAAACGAUUUUGGCAUUGAUUGGGAUUAUUUCAUUAUGAAUGACAACGCAAAGAAUCUUUUGAAACUCUCUGCAAAGGAGUCGUUGAUAAACGCCAAACAGAUCAGGAAAAAAUCGGAUAUUCAUUAUCCUUAUCAGAAAGAGAGGAUCAGCUCAAGUCUGAUAUCGGGAUUUUUGGAAAAGAAAUCAAAGUAUCUGAAGAACUAUUCAAAAUUCUACUACGUGCUCACGUUCAACUUUAUGCAUGAAUUCAAAACUGAGGACAGGAAGAAGGAAAUGCAUCCUUUGAACUCCUAUAGUUUGGACGAUAUGAAAGUGAGUGCAUCGCCAAAUGAUCCAAGGAAAUUUAUUGUCCGGAUGAAUUCAAGCAAAUCAAUUGAGUCCAAAACCAAAUACACUUUCAGAUGUCCUUCUCCAGAAAUUGCAUCAAGAUGGCUGGAACAGCUUACGGAACUGUGCUCGCUGAGUAAUCCUCUAGAAAGAAACAACCCAGCUAACACCGCAUACCUUGCUCCAUAUUCGAAUACUCCGUCCGUUGUUAACAUGAAUGCAGCUGACUCUAGUUCGUCUAGAGAUGAUGGCACAUUUGUUUCUGGAGAUACCAGCACAUCUCAGAGCCAAAUGUUAGAGAACAACCAUUCUUCGUCGUCUUUGCAUCUCCCAUCGUUCCAUUCGGUCAAGAAACUUAAUUCACCCGAAAUUCCGGCUCAGUCUGGACACAAGAAAAGCAACAGCCUAUCUUCACUUCCGGCUAUCAGUGCAGGCUCACCAUCUUUGUAUAGGCAUACUUCGUCCGGAAGCUCAACUACUCAAGCCUCCGAAGCCAUGUCAUUACACUCGACCACUCCAACCUCCCCACCAAAUGUGUCUGGAAGUGCAGCCAAAAUCAUAAUCAAUUCUCCAGAUUCCACCACGCCUGAUGAGCCUUCAGACUAUUUCAAUUACGCUGCACCACGGCCAAGACUUAGCAAGAGCGCCUCUACCGGAAGAGUGACGCCUCCUGCCCCCCAAGGAUCACAGAUUCUGCGGCCAUCAUCUCCUUCCCAUCUGUCUCAAAUAAGACAGCCUAUUCAACGGUCAUCCUCACCAAAUAUCCACAACAAGCAUAACAUUCCUAGCUUCCUAGGAGGUCAACAAACUGCAUCCGGUUCACAAAGUUCCUCAUACACUUCGAUGUCUUCUACGGGUAAUAACUCUCUUUCUUCUACCAAAGGCCUAGUUAGAGGCCGGGAAAGACUACAGGCUCAACUCAAAAAAGCUGCUUCCAACAACCAAUCCAACCUGAACGGCGCGUUCUUGCAAUUUGGAAAUUCAGCCAGUGACUCCACAAACUUGUUGAUACCGCCAUCGGUCUCGAACCUGCCCCAAACUCCAGGUGUUCUUCCUUCUAACUCAAUAGGUGACGUUUUUCCUGGAAGUGAAUCACGUAUCAGACCAACCCUUUCGUCAUCAGAGCCAUUGAAGUCUCCUGGUGCUCAGUCCCCAGAAGAAUACCUCUAACGUCCAA